AUGAUGUUGUCUCAACUCACAGCCUGGCUGCAAAACAGCCUCCAGAGUCACCCCCUAACCUAUACCGCCAUUGCGAUCACCAUUUUACUCGGACUUCUGACCCUUCUCCUCAUUGUAAAAUGGAACGGAAACUCGUCCUCAACUCGCAGAAAACUGCGAAACUUGCGCAGGCUAGGAGUAUCAUCUAGCAACAUGGCCGAUCAAACCGACCCCAAGUUCGACGUCCCGGAAGGCACCUCAACCGACACACCCAUCCGCAUCAAAGCUAUUUUCAUCCAUCCCGUCAAGUCUUGUGGACCGAUCGAGUUAGAUCAAGCUAUCUUGACCAAGACUGGCUUCAUGUACGACAGAUGUUUCGCGAUUGCGACAGAGGUGGCGAGGGCAGACGCAGAAGGCGGUUCUGUCUGGCGCUUCAUCAGCCAGCGGACCAAACCCCUCAUGUCCCAGAUUAAGCCCGAGCUGUGGGUGCCUCACGAAAAGAGCGACCCUCAUGAUCCCCUAGUUCGCGCAGGAGGAUGCUUGGUUCUACGGUUCCCAGACCCUGACUCUCCGAGUUGGAUCAGCCGCCUUGAAGCCUUGGUUGACUCAGGUCAGACCGCUCAACGAGAGGUAUCCUUUAUUGUGCCUCUUCAGCCUAUAUCCGAAUUGGUGGACGAGUACAAGAUCAGAAUGAAGUCAUUUACUAUCCACUCCCGCGAUGCAAAGGGUUUGGACAUGGGCAGGAUUCCAUCGGUGGCAGCAGCACUUCCCAAGUUGAAGCGGUUUCUCAAAGUUUCGGAUCAAAACCUCACCAUUCUGAGGUGCACACCUGAUACUCUUGUUCGUACCGAUAAGAAUCUCGCUCCCCUGAAUCACAUUGGCACUCCGGCUGUUCAUGGCUACACUGAUCAGCAACCCAUCAACAUCAACAGCUUGUCUUCAGUCCACGCCGUCUCAUCCAUGUUGCCAGUUGAGAACCAACCUCUGAACGCACUUCGGUUCCGGGCCAACAUUUGGAUCACGGGUGCUCCAGCCUUCGAGGAAGAGAACUGGAAGCGCUACCGCAUUCUCCCCAAAAGUGCGGGUUCUGAUAUACGGGCCAAGGUUGCACCAGCGCUGUCUGUCGUCUGCCGUACAUCUCGCUGCACCAUGCCCAAUGUGGAUCCUAAUACGGGCAAAUUCGACACAGAUAAUCCUGCUCCGGAUAGAGCUAGAGGUAGAGCGCAGCCGAGUACCACCUUGGUCAAGUACCGUACGGUCGAAGAUGGGAAUCCUAGGGCGCUUGGUUACUUGGGUAUGCAUUGCGUUCCUGAGGACCACAGCUUGGGCGAAGCAGAGACUCGAAAGACGGGAUUGUACGUUCAGGUUGGAGAUGAGAUUGAAGUGCUUGAGAGAGGGACACAUCUUUACGGGUCCACGGGCAAUGAUUACUAG